GUUAUGAUCGAACAAAAUACUCCACUCAACAUCCAAACGAUAGAAGACUUCCCAACCGCAUUUGACCUCCCCAUAUUGCUGGCAUUUGGCGUUUUCAUGGUCACUGUACAAGAUCCCAGUACCACAGAUGGCGAAACAAUCUUUUUUUACCUCAAAAAAGAUGCUUAUAAUGGCAUGAUGGCAUUCCAAGUUACCAUGUUGGUUUUAUGUAAAUAUGCCCGAAAG